ACCGGGGGUUUAUCUGACCACCUUGACGCGGUUUAUAGCCUCUCUUCAUCCAUCGUUUGUCGCCACGUGGGACGACGGAUGUGAAAUCGUAGGCUUCCCCACGCUCAGGGUGUAUUCGUCGUCAUGCACAGAUCAAUUUCGUGACUCCACCCUGCUUGCACCCCGACGGAAAAACGGCACCAGCACCUGCACCGGUCACGUUUUCCAUUCCACUUCUCCAAGAGCACGAUCUUGUCCGCCAGAACGAUGGGGGAUGGCGGUUGCGGAGUUGUAUGAAGGCUAAUCCACAACUGCGGACCCACACUGACCUGCCCCGGAUUUGUCCGUGAUCCUGACGGGAGGGACAUCGUUUCUAGCGCCAAGUUGCACCUCUUGGUGUAGUACAUGGCACCGGCCUACCCUGUCGCGCGAAGGGUGUCCUAUGUAAUACCGCCACCCUCAGGCCAUCGUACGAAGCUUGUCCUGCCUCCGAUAGAUGCUCGAAGGCGAGGACGAACAUUUCCUCUCAUCUUACCUGACAACGAAGCUCCGUCUCCCUCUGCCUCUUUGCAAGGCGAAGGGGACUCACGGAGUCCGCCUCGGUACCGGCAUGGGAUCCGCUCAUCUUUAUCCGCCGCUGGUGUUUCGCUUCCACAGCAUCGGCUUGGUGUAUCGUCUCUCGCUAUUGAUAUGUCUACAAAAAUUGCUGGGAAGGGUUCUCCUGAAGGCAUAUUGUACUCUGCCGGUCGUGAUGGGCUGGUCAUGGCGUGGGAGGUAGGUGCACCGACCCAACCUCGAAAACGGAAACCACGGGAAAGAUCUGGUCCUGGAAUUCGUAGCCGGAAGGGCGAUUGGAAAGUCAUGACUGCCUGGGAUGACGAGGAUGAGGAUCUAUCGGAUGAAGGCAGUGACAGCGAUGCAAGCGACCUCACUCAGCUUACGGAGGAUGAAAACGAACCUUUAAUUGGUGAGGGUCUAGACAAGACUCUACCACACGAGCAACAGUGGGUGGUGGAUCAUGAGAAGGCAGAGAACCUGACUAUACAUUCAGUAUUCCGGCAAGGCGUACAAGCUCAUAAUGAUUGGGUGAAUGAUAUUGCUUUGUGCAAUCUGAAUCAAUCAGUUGUUUCCGCAUCUAAUGACGGGCUCGUGAAGCUUUGGUCUCCACAUGACCCUACUCCAUCGUCGCUGCCGAGUGUAAUUGGCAAGCACGCAGACUAUGUCCAUUGUCUUGCCCACACUCCUAAGAAACCUUGGAUAGCUUCUGGUUCUUUUGAUAGAACAAUCAGGCUAUGGGACAUCUCCCGUUCCGUCGACUCUGCGAGCAGCUCUGUUUCCAGCCUGAACACUCUAAGCCCAAUUAUCACGCUGUCGUUGCCAGACGCUAGCGCUAAAGCUUCCAUUUACGCUUUAGCCGUUGAUUCCUCUGGUAACAUGAUCGCUUCAGGUAGUCCGGAGCGGGUGGUUCGCCUCUGGGACCCACGCUCUGGGAAACGUGUGGGGAAACUUGUGGGACACACUGACAAUAUUCGGUCUAUUCUUAUUUCUGACGAUGGAAAAUACAUUCUUACUGGGUCUUCUGAUGCUUCUAUUAAGAUUUGGUCUGUUUCUGGACAGCGAUGCUUGCACACAUUUUCACACCAUACUGAGAGCGUCUGGACGCUCUUCAGCUCUCAUCCUAAUCUAUCUAUAUUCUACUCUGGUGAUAAGUCCGGCCUAGUUUGCAAAGUAGAUAUGGAGAACUGUGGGGACAUUGCGGAAGGGGAGUGCAUGGUUUUGUGUCGAGACACUGGAGACGGCAGUGCACAGAAUCGGUGUAAAGAAGGCAUCAAUAGGCUUCUUGCCGUUGACAACUGGGCUGUAUGGACAGCUACGGGCGCCUCUGACAUUAAGCGAUGGCGGGAUCCUGGUUCCCGCUUCUCGAGGAUGACAUAUUCCACUGUCCAAAACUGGGAUCAUUCGGCACCACCAUCGAUCAUGGAUACAAUGGGCCUUUCACGGAUGUCAAAUGGACACCCUGCGUCCCGCUCAUCAACACCCAUUGCACUCUUCAGAGGGGAGUCACGACAGUCUACUGGUGGCCCUUCUGCGUUCAUUCCAGUGGCCGACACUCCACGUUCAGCAUCGCCUCGUUUCUUUGAAGUGGCAUCUCUGGCUCCCUCACCUCCCCAGAACCGCCCGCCGCCCCACCAUUCUGUACAUUCUAUUCAGUCCAUUAUUGCCACCGAUGAGCCGCAGGAAAUCGCACCGAACACCCUAUAUGGGAUUCGAUUCGAAAGUCUUGUGAAACUUGCACCCUCAGACGCUGGUUUCACUUUCAAGCAAUCUCUGUCUCAUGGAGAUCCGGAAGUUGCCACGUUAUACUCUGCUGCAUCCGUCCUUUCUGUUCCAGUCCAGCAUCGCGCUUCCCAGGUUCAGUCAAAGGAGUCUCAUUCUCCGCCAACUUCAUCUGCCUCCCCCUUCUAUUAUCCUGCCCACGCUGGUUCAACUGGAAGUUACAAAGCCACUCAGCCGGGGUCGUUAUCCCAGCUACAUGAUGGCCAGAUCGUGGAUGCAAGCCUGCCGCAAGCUGAGUAUGAAUCACGCGAAGUGGCGGUUCAAGCGAAGCCAUUGCGUUCUUCACCUGAAGAGGUGCUGAAAGGGAGUCACGGUCUGGUUAGAUCCGUGAUUCUAAACGAUCGGAUACACGCUCUGACUGUGGACACCUCUGGUGAAGUUGCCGUAUGGGAUCUCGUCCGUGGCACAUACAUCGGGUACUUCUCGAGCGAGGAAGUCGAAACUGCCUCGAUGAAUGGGAGUAGCGGUGAUUCUCAGAAUCAGAAUGAGAUCAAUUGGAGUCCGCGAGAGUCAUUGGAGACGGUGCGAGAACGUAUAGAGGGAGAGGCGAUGAUUGCAUCAUGGGCUACGGUAGAUACGAAGAUGGGAAGUUUGACUGUCCACCUGUCCGAAACUACUUGUUUUGAUGCUGAAGUCUAUGCUGAUGAAGUUGGCUUUGCUGGGAAUCCUUCUUUUCCAGAUGAACAUCGCCUGAAUGUUGGAAAAUGGGUUCUUAACAACCUGUUUGCUGGCUUCAUUCGGGCAGAAGCAUUGCUAGUCUCGCGGUCGUCGGGUGGGUUAUCUGCGACACCAGGAAAAGGGAUUCAACGCGUUACUCCUGGCACUUUGAAUUUGGAGGCCAUCAAGGAACGCCGACUACGAUCCAACUCCGACCUUACGGUCCGGACCCAGAGGACACCAGGGGUUGUCACUGCACUGUCCACACUGUCAAUGACACCAGCUAUUAUCCCGGAGGUACCAAAACUUUUACCCGCGCCCAGCUGGCCGCGAAGCGGAUUUCCAUCACUCCCCGCCAAAGAUAUCGUAUCAUCCAUACCCGCCUCUCCGAGUGCGCUAGGCUCACCGACACCUCGCUUGGCCCAGUCUCCUGCACCAAUUGGUGGAAUGACAUCAUUUGGGAAGGCCAUCAGUUCUGCGGAUUACUUCUCGUUGCCCCCGUCGAGUUCAGUCGAGCAUGGUCCAACACCGAGUCAAGUUUCUGGUGCUCCAAUGGUUCCUCUGACUCCCGGGCGAUUUAUGAGGAGCUGGAAAAAUUUCGGGAAGCCUAAGAAGACUGUCGCCGAAGAUAUUUCAACUCCUCAACCUGUUCAGGAAACCUCUGAGCCAGUCGAGGAAUCCACCAGU